AUGGAAUUUGACGGUGAACCUCGUAAAAGGCCUUUGAGUCAGAAAGAUCCAAAUGGGAUUCAUCCGAUAGAACCAUUAAAAAUGACACCUCUUUACCACAUAAAAAAAGCUGAAAGUGCAAUAUCGACAUUGAAAACAGUUGUUCAUGAAUCUGAUUGGAAAAAGAUAUUGGAUCAUAGUAGUGGAAUUGUCAUUUACAUGAAGCUGGAUAGUUCAGAAAAUGGAAAUAUUCCACUAAUUAAAGGUGAAUUAAAUAUACAAGGGUUUACGCCUAAUGAAAUUUUCUCUGUCAUUGAAUUGCGAGAUAUUUGGGAUGACUGGUACGAAAAAGGUUAUCUCAUUGAAAAACUGAGCAAAUCAAUAAGCUUAACUUAUACUAUCAUGAAAGGGCCAUUUAAAUCCAAAGAUUUAUCACUGAUAGAAAAAUUUGAACUUAGCAAAAGCGGAACGAUUUAUUAUGCGUCCACAUCUGUCGAUACUCUAAAAGCACCGCUUUUGAAUGAAGAAAGCCGAGAAAAAUUAAAACUCAGUGGCUGGAUACUUAAACCUGUAUCUAAUUCACCACCUUGUACAAAAGUAAUAUACGUUAUUCAAAUGAAUGGAUUAUUGCCUUUUGACACUUCUAAAACAUAUCUGGCUAGACGACCUCUCGUAAUUAAUACUAUAAGUAAACAUUUACAAAAUAAUAAACAAAUUGUUGCACACCCUGCUUUUAAACCUCCUCCCCGAGGUUCUAGUCUUGCAUCUUUUCAACAAUCAAAUCAAAUAAGUAACUUCAAUAGUAAUGAUGCACCGAAAAAUGGAUCUAAUAGAAGACAAAGUAGACUAAGUUCUCUUGGAGAUAUAAACGAACAUGAAGAAGAAGAAGAUACGGAGCUGAAAAUUCCUGAUUUUCCUAUGCCACCCGAAAAAUCAAUUGUACCUAGACAUUCCCUUGAAAAAUCAAUUGUACCUAAACCUUCCCUUGAAAAAUCAACUGUACCUAAACCUUCCCUUGAAGAACCAAUAAUACCUAAACAUGAAUCUCAAGAUCCUUCAGAAUUAAUCAAAAAACCAGUAAAAUCACAUAAACAUUAUAAUGCAGCACAAAAAACUCUUGAAUUAUUUAAGCUCUUGGCUAAUGAUUGGGAUGGUUGGAAUCUUUAUGCAGAAUCUAAAGGCGUUAAGAUUUAUCAAAAGAAUAACGGAAAACCAAUGCCGUAUUUACGUGGAGAUGCUACUAUUUAUGGUGAAUUCCAUCCUGCAGACAUUCUUUCAUACAUUAUUAAUUUGGAUUCACGAAAAUUAUGGGACGACCGAUAUGAAGAAGGUUCUGUCUUGGAACGUUAUGGUCUUGAUGAUGCGAUAACAAGAGUAGCAAUGAAGGGCACUUUCCCGAUCAGUAGUCGUGACUUAAUUACCAUUGGCACAAUUGAACGUGAUCCGGCUACCGGUACAAUUUGGGUUGCUGAUUCAUCUAUAGUAGAUUCAAGAUUUCCGGAGGACAGCAAAUAUGUUAGAGCUAAUUUAGUUGUUGCCGGAUGGGAAUUCCGUCCGAAAUUUGAUGAUGGAAAAAUAAUUAGCGUUGAUGUCAAAUACAUUAUUGACAUUGAUCUCAAGCUUAAUUCAGUUCCACAGUCAAUUCUUAAUAUGGUGUUGCAAACACCAUUGUGUAUUGCUAAGAUUGAUAAUACAUUACAAAAAAUAGGCUUUCCACCAUAUAUCCUAAAAACAUCCGGAUUAAUAAAAAAUACCGAGUUCAACAUAAAGACUUUCCAAUAUGAAGUUACAAUUUCAAUCGAUGGAGGCACAAUCACAGAACUUCGAACGUCAAAAAAAAUGUACCCUAAUGGCUUUGAUAUUUCAGUUCAACCUGAAAAUGUAAAGGUUGAAUCCCUUCUAAAUAGCAAUGAAAAUGUUCGUAUUACUGUCCCAAAUGGCACAGAAACAUUACAUAUCAAGAUCACAAAAAAUACCGAGGGAGCUCAGAAUACAUUUAAAGGAGAAAAAAUUGUACUUUCCAAGGAAAUUGUCUCUAUUUCGAUAUCACCCUUGGAAAGGUCCAACAGCCACGAGAAAGAAAAUAUAAAUCACAGUAAAGCGGCGCAAACAAAUCAUAGAUCUUUUGUUUUAAACAAUGGUUUAAAGAAUCAAAUAAACGAUCAAAAUAAAUCACAAGAUAAACAUAAAGAGGUAUUUUUAGAACAAAAUUCACAACAAAAUAAUCAUGAAGAGGAUCAAAAUAAAUUACAACAAAAUAAUAAUGAAGAGGAUCAAAAUAAAUCACAACAAAAUAAUCAUGAAGAGAAGCAAAAUAAAUCGCAACAAAAUAAUGAAGAGAAUCAAAAUAAAUCGCAACAAAAUAAUCAUGAAGAGGAUCAAAAUAAAUCGCAACAAAAUAAUCAUGAAGAGGAUCAAAAUAAAUCGCAACAAAAUAAUCAUGAAGAGGUAUUUUUAGAUCAAAAUAAAUCGCAACAAAAUAAUCAUGAAGAGGUAUUUUUAGAUCAAAAUAAAUCACAACAAAAUAAUCAUGAAGAGGUAUUUUUAGAUCAAAAUAAAUCACAACGAAAUAAUCAUGAAAAGGUAUUUUUAGAUCAAAAUAAACCACAACAAAAUAAUUAUAAAGAGGUAUUUUUAGAUCAAAAUAAAUCACAACAAAAUAAUCAAGAGCUUACCAUUCCUGUUUCUGUACAAACUGAUUACAGUCUUCAUAUUUCACCACUACUGAAAUAUCUACCUGCAACUUCAAAGAUUGAAUUGAUAAAAAAUAGUACUAAAUCAUCUAAUACCCAUAUUAUAGGAUUUAAUACCCGAGAAAUUGUAGUAAUAUUUUCCUUGGUGUUAUGUGCCUAUUAUUCUGGAAAAUUAAGCUCAUUUUAA